AUGAGUAAAUGGUGUUACGAGGCUUUGGAUAAGUGCUUGAGAGACAUUUUGAGGUUCACCCCAGGAUAUGACUCCAGCUUGCCGUUCGGAGGAAAAGUUGUGGUUCUGGGCGGUGAUUUCAGGCAAAUCUUACCUGUAAUUCCAAGGGCAUCCGGGCAAGAUGUCAUCAGUGCAACAAUAAAUUCAUCCUAUCUAUGGCCUUUUUGUGAAGUUCUUUGUUUGACAAAGAACAUGAGACUCCUGCAAGGAUCUUCGUGCUCAAGUGCAUCAGAUAUAGCAGAAUUUUCAGAAUGGUUGUUGACUAUAGGUGAUGGCAAGGUCGGACAGCCAGUUAACGGCGAAUCAGAAAUUCAAAUACCAGAUGAAAUCCUUAUAAAAAACUCAGAAACCGGUUUUGAAGACUUGGUCAAUUAUACCUACCCUGAUUUGUUGCGUAACAUGUCUAACUCUGAAUACUUCAGGGAAAGAUCCAUUUUGGCCCCCACGAUUGAACUGGUUGGAAAGGUCAAUGAUUACAUGAUGUCUCGGGUCUCGGCAGAAGAAAGUGAAUACUUGAGCUCUGAUUCAAUAUACAAAGAAGACGGCAAUGUUGAGAGUGAGCUGGAUGCAUUUUCCCCCGAGGUAUUGAAUGCGAUGAACUGUUCAGGACUGCCACCGCAUAAGUUGAGUUUGAAAAUUGGAGUCCCAGUAAUAUUAAUGAGAAAUAUCGACCAGUCCAACGGAUUGUGUAAUGGAACAAGAUUGACGGUGAAGAGAUUUGGAGACCAUGUCAUUCAGUGCACCGUUCUAACUGGGACUAAAGCUGGAUCUACUGUACUGAUUCCUAGGAUGACCAUGAAUACAAAUAACACAAAUCUACCGUUCCAAUUUCAGAGACGGCAGUUGCCUAUAUGUGUCUGCUUCGGUAUGACGAUAAACAAAGCGCAGGGACAAACACUAGGGUGUGUUGGGUUAUAUCUUCCAAGACCGGUUUUUAGCCACGGACAAUUAUAUGUGGCGCUAUCAAGAGUCAAAAGCAAACAAGGGCUAAGGAUCCUCAUAGAAAACCACGACGAUCUCCCUUCUAAUACAACAAUUAAUGUUGUGUAUGAAGAAGUGUUUGACAAUAUAACUCCAUAA